AUGAGUGAUUACAAGUCUAAUGAUCCAGAAAGGAAAAGACUGGGGGACAGAAACAACAAGAGAUCCAAUAAUUUAAGUGAUGAAGAACCAGAAAAAUUAGAGAAAAAAAGAAAACAUAAUGAAGCUCAAAAAAUUGAUUAUAAGUCACCAAAGUCUGAUGAUGCUGUCAUAAAUCAAAUUGUAUUAGAAAAUAAGGACAAGAUAAUAAAGAACAUUGAAAAUCAAAUGAUCCUAUCAUCUGUGGACAUCAAUGUUAAGAAGUUUUACCAAGGUCUCAAAAAAAGAAAUAUUACAAUUAUUCGAAAACAUUUUCUUUUAUUUAUUGAGUUUAUUUUAGAUACAUUUCUAAUUGGAAAUCAUGAAUAUUUUGAAGAAAACUGUGGGAUAGAUAUCAUACAUUUCAUCAAAUUUGUAUUCAUAGCUAAAAGUGAAAAACUUUCAGACAUGUACGAUGAAAUUAUCAUAAAAGAUAGUAUUGAAGAAUUCAAUAAAUCUGAAAUGGUUAUUAAUCAUAAUACUGAUGAACAUGGAUCUUCAUCAAAAGGAUCAGAGUCAUUCGUUGUAAAGAAAAUAAAGAUGUUGACCUUGAAGCCAGAAUCAUGUACUAGAUCUGAUCUUGAAAAAUUGAAUUUGAUACAGAAUAAAGAGUCAAAUGAUGAAUGUAUGGCUGUUAAGAUUUAUGAUAUUAGUUUGGCACAAGAUAACUUUAAUGAUAACAUUAAAAAUUGGGGUUAUGAAGGAAAUUUCGAAGAUUAUUUUAAUAAAAUCAUUUUUUAUGAUAAAUUCAUUAAGGAAUUGAGAAUAAUGAAUCAUAUACAGCAUUAUAAUAAUGGUAUCAGUGAUGAUAAAAGGAGAAUUAAUGUUCCAAACUUGAUUAAUUAUGGAAUGCUUGCAAGUUUUAAUUUCAAUGGACCAUUUAUCGUAGAGAGCUAUGUUAAUUGUAUCCAAUGGAAACCAAAAACAAAAGAUCACAUACAACUAGGUUUGGAACAAGUUAAUAGAUUGUCAGAAAUUGGAAUCAUACAUGGGGAAAUUUCUAAAAGAAAUGUUGGAUUUGAUGAAGAACAACAGAAAUUUUGGAUCAUUGAUUUUGAUCAUGGUGAGAUUUUAGAAGAAGGCAAAGAGAAUGGUAAUCCUAUGACUUAUGAAAAGCUGGAACAGUAUCUCAAAUAUUGA